CGAAAACACCGUAGAGGUAGUCGUUGUAGACCUGUACAAAUCCAACAGUCAUCGUGUUCAUAUAUCUCCCAACCUAGACCAUGGCAACGGGCGGCGUUCGACGGUGGUGUAGCAACUUGAUGGCAACCUUGAAGAUGCCAGAGCUACUGCAUGACCCUGGCCGGCUGGACGAAGACAGCGAAGAUGAUGAACAAGCACAGCUCAACAAACAGAGCCUCAAGCGGUGCGAAUACGAGACUGGUGAUGAAACGCCCUCGACAAAGCGACGUUUCUGGCUGCGGACAUUGCUGCUGCUGCUGGGAGCAGUCGUGGGAACAGCACUUGUGACUCAUGUUUUGACUCGUCACUCCAUCUGCCAUGUCUCCCCCACAAGACAACACCAGUCCUCCCAUUCUCCAUCCACACAUCAUGGAUACAGCCAUACUGAGGACACCCCACCGAGCCAUAAAGGCGAAGUGAAGGAAUGCGGGACUUCACCGGAGGAAGCUCGAGCCAGAGGCUGUGUAUUUGAGCAACAGAUGCCAGCCUGGAUUCCCAGAGCGUGCGCCUUUCCAGAAGUUGUUGAGGAGUACAAGGACAACUUUGGAGACAUGAUGACGGACUGGACUUGGUAUUGGGACAGCAACACCACCAUGCAAGUUCCACCGGAGGCAGUGCCGGAUUUGCAGGCGGGUAACUUUUCGGUGAUUUAUACCAAGUACCAGGCUUCGCAUGAUUUGCAUUGCCUUUAUUGCUCCCGCAAGAUCAUCUAUGCGCUGAGCAAGGGCAUCAAGAUGAUGGAUGCCCGGUGCCAUCAGUUCUAUCAUGGAGCGCAUUGCAUCCAACACAUUGGAAAUUCCUUGAUGAUAGCUGAGAGGGGAGAACAGAAAAGGAUACGGACUUGGGUGUACCCGCUCAUGUAUCAUAACUGUGUGCCACUGACUUCGACCCAAGAAUCGUGAGGCCGGCCAUGCAUGUGUGUUGGAGGAGAUACAUAGAGGUACCUUAACUGUACUGUGUAUGUAAGAUUGACACAGGAGGCCCGAGCGUUUUCCCACGUACUUUCAUGAAUUCGAUUUAUUCAUUUUUCUUCCUCCUACAACCACC